AUGCCCAACGUCUUCAUCCUCGGCGGCUCAGGCUACGUCGGCCUCGCCGUCUCCAAAUCCCUCCUCGCUGCGGGCACCUACACUGUCUGGGGUACGGCUCGUACUCCCGAAAAAGCGAAACUCCUCCUCCAGAACGAAGUCCAUCCCGUCGAAGAUGACAUUACCAAUCCGGCCAAACUCGCUGCCAUCAUUGCUGAGCACUCCAUCGAUGUUGUGGUGGACUCGACCUCCGCCUACGAGCAGGCCACACAGAUCCUCCAGGGGGUCGUGGACGCGGCCACUACUCGCCGCGACACGCUGAAGAAGGAGAAUAUCGUUGGUCCCAAGCUGGGAUACGUGUACUGCUCCGGCUCGUGGGUGCAUGGCUCGCCUGCGUCUCGUGUCAGUGAUCUGUCCCCGGUCGGCAGCGCGCAGUCGAAGGCCAAGCCGGCCACCGCGGUGGCCUGGCGUCCGGCGCACGAGCAGGCCAUCUUGGCGUCUCGCGAUGUCCUGGAUGUGGCCAUUUUGAGACCGUGUGCGAUGUACGGUCGUACCUCCUGGGUCUGGGGCACGUGGUGGGGUGGCCUUCUCGCCGCGAAGAAAUCCGGCAGCCAGGAGACGAUCCAGGUCCCCGUUGAUAUCACCGCGAGAACCGGCACGCUGCACGUCGAUGACGCGGCCGCUGCGUUCCAUGCGGCCAUUGACCGACUGGAUGGACGACUCGGUACCUGGCCCGUGUUUGAUCUGGUGUCGGAAACCAUUGGCGUGCAGGAAAUCAUGCAGGCGGCCAAGGAGGCGCUGGGUGUCAAGGCCAAGCUGGAGUAUGCGGGUACACACGGCAAUCCAUUCCUGGAGGCAUUGAGCCUGGUGAGCAAGUCGGAUGCGUCGCGGGCGAGAACGGUGCUCGGAUGGGAGCCUCGCCGGAAAGAGUUUAUCUUGAAUCUGCCAGUAUAUCUGAAGGCGUGGGAGGCUUCCCAGUGA